GCGAGACAGAGAGAGGGAGAGAAAGUGAAGGGUAUAACAGUCAAUUUAGCCUGUCAAUUCUAAAAUGCGCCGCAAAAUUUCAAAGGGGGGUGCGCAGCGGACACAAAAUUGCCGCUUGGUUCAAAUUAAUUACACGAAAGGCUCGUUCGUUGCGAAUUCGAACCUUCAAAUUGAAAACCCUAGAAAACCCCUCUAUCCCUCCCUUCAUCUCUCCUCGGAUAGCCGCAGAAUUAAUUUCAGAACCACCGAGAAUUGAAGCUGCGCCUGAAAAUGGCGAACCAAAUCCGCAGCCUCGGAUCCGAAGAAGAAGAUGAAGUCGAGAAGCUGGAGGCAGAUGUGAACCAAAUGGCACAGAAGAUACUAGAGUUCAGAACCACUCUACCAAGUCGGAUCAAGAACGCUCUCUCUUCGGAUCUCGUUGCUCAGAGGCCCGUCGCCCCGACGACGCAUAUCAAUUGUCAAGAAGCACCCACUCAAUCAGGUAAAGAGCCCUCACCAGUAGAACAAGAUCAAGACACCGCUGAGAAAGCACAAUUGCUUAAACAAAAGAUCUCGAAUAAUUUCUCCACCAUGCCUGUCCUUAUUGAAAGGAUGAAACGAUGCAUCUCGCGAUUUGAGAGCCUAGAAUCAUGUAAUGGCUCCAUCCAUCCUUCUUUUAAAAGGAAAAGGAAGGGUUAACUCGGUUCGUGAACAUAAUUUGCUAGACUUGUGUGCUAUUCUUCCUAGAAAAUAUAUUGUGUUGUGGAUCAAGGCUUCAAUCUGAUUGUGUGAUCCAUCCAUCCAGCUUCUGGAGCAAGGGUCUGACUCUAGCAGGAUCACAAGUUCCCGAAAUCAAAUCUGCAGUAGUGUACUGUAAUUACUUAAAACUGUAUUGUCUAGGUGUGUAACAUAAUGUCAUGUUGAUAGCAACCUGUGAUACAUUCUCUCUGAUGAAAUAUCAAGGCUGUUCAUCUUAGAUGGCUAA